UGAGAACUAGGAAGAAAAACACUGAAAACAACAUGCUGAACAUGAAAUUCAUAUGCGGACGUGAUAUCAUCGAGUAUUAGUAUAUUCGCGUUAUUUUUAUCGCAGUAUAAGAGCAUAAUGUUUGUAAAUACUCAAAUGCGGAUGUUUGUUUUGAUUUUAUACAUUUUGUGGCGGAGCGUUUUUGUAAUAGGUAACAAAAAGAUUAACAUCCUGUAUUUAAUUGCUGAUGAUUUGAGACCAACGUUAGGCUGCUACUCUGAUCCAGUGGUCAAGUCACCAAAUAUUGAUCAACUCGCAUCUAUGAGCAAAGUCUUUAAUAACGCCUAUGCACAACAAGCUGUUUGUGCACCUAGCCGGGUGUCGUUUCUAACAAGUCGAAGACCGGACAUCACAAAACUCUAUGAUUUCAAUUCUUACUGGCGAGGGCAUGCUGGAAACUACACAACACUUCCUCAAUACUUCAAGUCUAAUGGAUACACGACUCUGUCUGUGGGAAAAGUUUUUCAUCCAGGCAUUGCCUCCAACCACACGGAUGAUUACCCGUACAGCUGGUCUGUACCUCCGUAUCAUCCUCCCUCUUUCAAAUAUGAAAAGAGGAAGGUUUGUAAAGAUAAAGAUGGCACACUACACAGUAAUUUGUUGUGCGCUGUGGAUGUGUCAGAAAUGCCGCUGGGAACUCUUCCUGACAUGGAAAACACGGCAGAGGCCGUACGGCUCCUGAAGUCUAUGGCAGACUCUCGCACUCCGUUCUUCCUGGCAGUGGGCUUCUAUAAACCACACAUUCCCUUCAGAAUCCCAAAGGAGUACCUAAAGCUCUAUCCUGUUGAAAAUAUAAGUAUGCCUCCGGACCCAGAUGUUCCCAAGAAACUUCCAGAUGUGGCUUACAACCCCUGGACCGAUAUACGCAAACGAGAAGACAUUCAGGCGUUAAAUGUUAGCUUUCCGUAUGGCCCCAUUCCAAAAGACUUUCAGUUGCAGAUACGACAGCAUUACUUUGCUUCUGUGUCAUAUGUGGAUGCUCAAGUGGGGAAAAUUCUGCACACUUUGGAUGAUCUCGGCCUCACCAAAAACACCAUAGUGGUGUUCAGCUCAGAUCAUGGUUGGUCAUUAGGAGAACAUGGCGAAUGGGCCAAAUACAGCAACUUUGAUGUGGCCACCCGGGUGCCAUUGAUCGUGUUUAAGCCAGGUGUGACCUCACCUUUACCCUCGCCUGGAGAGAAGACGUUCCCCUUCAUCGACGUGUUUCAGAGCACGCGGGAGCGGUUUGGCAAAGGUCAACGGGUUAAGAGCACAGUGGAGCUGCUGGAUAUUUUCCCCACUCUGUCUAACCUGGCCGGCUUACGACCCGUACGCCGCUGCCCUCCUCGAUCUUUUGAGAUAGAGCUAUGCACCGACGGCUCUAACCUGGCCUCUUACAUCCGCAACCCAGAGAAAGACCUCAACAGAGAAAGUUACUCGUUCAGCCAGUAUCCCCGGCCCUCAGACUCCAUCCAGGAGAACUCAGACUUGCCCGACCUGGCUGACAUCCGCAUCAUGGGUUACUCGAUUCGCUCCCUGGAUUAUCGGUACACUUUAUGGGUGGGCUUUGACCCGGCCCAGUGUCAACCAAACAUGACAGACCUUCACGCGGGUGAACUGUACAUGGUAGCCGAAGACCCGGGAGAGGACAAUAACAUAUUUAAUGAGUUGGAGUAUGCCGCGAUAUUGCGUAAGCUUGGCGUGCAGUCGUCAUGGUCAGACAGUCUACAGCAUCACAUAAUGUAUUUCAGCAACAGUCUGAAAUCAAAAAUGAUUUUGUGAUCUACAAUCAAAGGACAAAGAGUGAAUCUUAAUAAAACAUUUCCUGGAAUAAUAUUUUGCUUAAUAAAACUAAGGCAAGUUUUAAAACCAUAAAAGGGAUAGUUCACACAAAAAUGAAAAUUCCUGUCAUUAUUUACUCAUCUUCAUGUUUUUAUAAACCUGUAAAAACUUCUUUGUUCUGAUGAACACAAAGUAAAAUAUUUUGAGCUAUGACAGAUCAGGGGCACCAUUCACUUCCAUAGUAUUUUUUCCUACUAUGGAAGUCAAUGGUGCUCCUGCUUGAUUACACAUAUCUUCUUUUGUGUUCAGCAGAACAAAGAAACUCAUACAGGUUUGUAACAACAUGAGGAUGAGUAAAUGAUGACAGAAUUUUCAUUUUUGGGUGUGAGUGGCAUUAUUGUCUUGUCAAUAAAUCACCUCUUCUCCCCUUUGUCAUUUUUUAUUUCAACUUAAACACAUGGCAAUGACAGUUUGGAUGGAAAACAUUGUUUCCUUGUGCAAAUAUAUAUAUAUAUAUAAUAUAUAUAUAUAUAUUUUUUAUAUUAAGUUUAAAAAUGACAUGGACAUUUUGUUUGUGCGAUUUACCAAAACACUUGUCAUUACUUCUUAAAGGGAUAGUUCACCCAAAAAUAAAAUGUUGUCAUCAUUUUCUCA